GCCCCUGUCCUGGUUUUGAGUCUUUCGGGUGUCAUUUCUGGAAUAGUUACUCUGGCCUUCUUUACCGGCUGGCUUUUAGAGUUGGGGACUUGGAUUGCACGUUACCCUUUUGAAGAAAUUGCCUAAUGAGCCGGUUUUGAGAGUUCUUUUUGCUGUUCUGCGUCUACAUUCUCUUGGAUGUAUCUUUGCUAUACCUUUUUGUAUUAGAGUUCUACUUCUAGCUUCUCUUGGACGUAUCUUUGUAAUACCUUUUUGUAUUAGAGUUCUUCUUCUAGCUUCUCUUGGGUGUAUCUUUGUUAUACCUUCUUGUAUUAGAAGGCUUUUGUAGAAAGGCGUCUCUUUUGUUAUUUCAGGGGUUUCACUCCUUUGGUUUCACGUGAAAUCACUUACACAUGUAGGUUUGGUGCUAUCUUACUGUUUGGUUUUGAUGUUGUCCUCGCAUAGUUAGUCGAUUUUGGUCCUCAUUUUAUGCUAGGUGUUCUUGUUGCCAAACUUGCCACAGGCAUAAAGAUUUCUUUCGAUAUCAAGGAUCCAGUCAUUUGUUAUUUUCCUUAAGGUCUACAUAUUUGUUGUUUUGCAUCUCCAGUUCAGUUCUCAGUCAAAAACGUCGGAUUUAUAUAGCCUUCAUCUCACUCCUCAGAAAAAUAUGGCCUUCAUCUCAAGGAUCUGAUACACAAAACUAGCAUCUUGAGCAACUUUUAUCUUUCUAUUGCCUUUGCUAUCUGUUGCAUAAAAUUUUUCUUGAUGAAACUCUGUUGCAGAAACUUGAGAUUCCCAUCCCAAGAAGAAGCAGCUCGUCCUUCACAGUUUUCUUAACGUUAAUUAGGAAGAAUGCUUUUUCUUUCCCUUCCUCUAGUUGUGAUCUUCCUGUCUUCACCGAUGGGUUAUCUUUCCAACCAUCGUUACAUUCUUUACCUUUUAUCCAUAAUUAGCUGUUUUGUGUUAAGAAACUGCUCUAUAAAUGCUUUACCUGCUAGUUUUGUUUUCGGUGAUUCGUUGGUUGAUGUUGGAAACAAUAACUAUAUUGUUACUUUAUCAAAGGCUGAUCGAAUGCCAAAUGGUAUCGACUUUCCAACUCAUCAGCCAACUGGGCGCUUCACUAAUGGACGAACAAUUGCAGACAUACUAGGUCAAGAAUUGGGAUUGAAGAAUUUCACUCCUCCUUAUAUGGCUCCGACUACUGUUGGGCCUGCGGUACUGCAAGGCGUCAAUUAUGCAUCUGGAGCAGGAGGAAUCCUUGAUCAAACAGGAAGACUUUUUGGUGGACGUAUUAAUUUAGAUGCACAGAUUGAUAACUUUGCAAAUACCAGGGAAUACAUAAUCUCAAGCCUUGGAAUGCCUGCAGCUUUGAGCCUGUUAAGGAACGCUCUCUUCUCAGUCGCCAUUGGUUCUAAUGAUAUCAUCAACAAUUACUUGAUUCCUGUUGUAUCAGCGCCUGAAAGAGCAGUAGUAUCCCCAGAAGCAUUUGUAGAGUCCAUGAUCUCAAAAUUCAGGAUGCAAUUAACAAGAAUGUAUCUCUUGGGUGCUAGGAAAAUCAUUGUGGCAAAUGUUGGACCCAUAGGCUGUAUUCCAUAUCAAAGGGACACGAAUCCAUCCACUGGCAGCAACUGUGUAGAGUUUCCAAAUCAAAUGGCUCAAUCCUACAACAAGAGGCUGAAGGAUCUACUAUUGGAGCUGAGAUCAAGCCUUGAAGGAGCACUUAUAGCAUAUGCCAAUGUCUACCAUAUUGUGGCAGAUAUCAUCCAACAUCAUACGAAUUAUGGCUUUGAUGUGGCUGAUUCUGCAUGCUGCUUCGUUGCAGGGCAAUUUGGAGGCUUGGUACCAUGUGGUCCAACUUCUAAAGUUUGCCCUGAUCGAUCAAAGUAUGUCUUUUGGGAUCCUUACCACCCUAGUGAUGCUACAAAUAUGGUCAUAGCACAACGAUUGCUUGAUGGUGAUCUAAAUGACGUAUAUCCUAUGAAUGUUCGGCGACUGGUCAGUGCUUGAGUGUCUGGCCCACAGAGGAAGGCCCUGGAGUGACACUUGAGUUACACAUUUAGCAAGUUUAUGCCUCUACUUAUGUAUUUUUGCCUUUUAAUUCUACAUAUAUAGGUGACUCACUCUGUCACUUGUUGUGAUUCUACAUUGGAACUAUGUUGCAUCACCACCUUUCAAAUGAUAAUCUGGUAAGAGUUUUCCAAAUGAAA